CUUACCGCCUCUUCUAUUCCAAUGAAGCGACCAAUAGGGAGAGGUCAGCGUGCCUGGGCCCCACCCCGUUCCCUGAAGCGCAGCUAGAGGUGGAGGAAGAUGGCAGCUAUGGGAUUGCGAGUGGUGUGUCUGUGCCUUGUGCUGCUUGUCGGCCUUACCGCGGCUGCUGAAGAAAAAAAGAAGAAAAAGAAAGAUAUUCGAGACUAUAAUGAUGCGGACAUGGCCAGGCUGCUGGAGCAAUGGGAGCAAGAUGACGAUAUAGAGGAGGGGGACAUGCCUGAGCACAGAAGACCUCCAGCUCCAGUGGAUUUCUCAAAGAUUGAUCCAAAAAAUCCAGAGGGUGUCUUAAAAAUGACUAAGAAAGGCAAGACCCUGAUGAUCUUUGCUACAGUGUCGGGAGAACCAACAGAGAAGGAAACGGAGGAGAUCACCAGUCUGUGGCAGGGCAGCUUGUUUAAUGCCAACUAUGAUAUCCAAAGAUUCAUUGUUGGUUCAAACCGUGUGAUUUUCAUGCUCCGUGAUGGGAGUUACGCUUGGGAGGUUAAGGACUUCCUUGUAGGCCAGGAGCGCUGUGCUGAUGUGACUGUGGAGGGCCAAGUGUACCCUGGCAAAGGAGGAGAUGGCAGCUCAAAGUCUGACAAUCAGACUAAGCCACAGAAAAAGAAAAAUGGAGAAAAUAAAAAGGCAAAGUCAUCCAAAGAAAGUAACAGAGCGUCCUCACCAAAGGAGGAUUUAUGACCCAUGGAUCGCUGUUUUCGGAUUGGACCUCUGGGUAAACUUUUAUCCUUUCCAAGAUUUUUUAUGUUGGAGAGCAAACGGCUUUAAACAUAAUUCUGUCCUGUUAUUGGAGAACAUUCUCUUGCCUGCUGGGAAAACCGUGCCAUCUGUUUGAUUUGUGUGGGACACAGCUUGGCCAGGGCAAUAAACAUCUUUUCCUCCCAAUAAAUGCAAGAUGUCAUGUGCAACGGAAUGAGCCCUAAACUAGGAAGCGUAUUGUCUCUGAGUCCCUACCAGGAAGUGUUCCCAUUAAAAUUAGGCACAAAGGGCAAAUACAUGCAUGAAUGGAUGUUGAAUGAUUUACUGGGUAAAUGAAAAACCUGGUUUGUUAACCAGCUAGGCAGUAUUAUAACAGUGGAUUUUUCAUAGUAUUAGUUACUUAGAGGGAUAGUACUGUCACACUGUAUUAAUGCAGAGAUCCAGUUUUUAUGAAAUUGUGUAUUUGAACAUACUUUGCAUUUUAUUUCUUAUUUUUCUGUAACAGUCUUUGUAUGAUGGAGGGUGUAACAAUAGAUACGUCUUAUUUUGAUGACCGUGUCCCUUUUAAACACUUGCCACUGGUACCAAGUUUUGAAUGUACUGAUGAUAUGUUACAGUUUUUUGCCCAGCAUUUCAUGACUUUCUUCAAUACAGCUUUUUUUUUUUACACAGA